AUGGGGAAGUGGCAGCUGGUGGGCAAGAAACCCGGGACUAGGGUCUUCAAGAAGUCGAGCCCUAACUGCAAGCUCACUGUGUACUUGGGCAAGCGGGACUUUGUAGAUCACCUGGACAAAGUGGAUCCCGUAGAUGGCGUGGUGCUUGUGGACCCUGACUACUUGAAGGACCGCAAAGUGUUUGUGACCCUCACCUGCGCCUUUCGCUAUGGCCGUGAAGACCUGGAUGUGCUGGGCUUGUCCUUCCGCAAAGACCUGUUCAUCGCCACCUACCAGGCCUUCCCCCCAACGUCCAACCCGCCCCGGCCCCCCACCCGCCUGCAGGACCGGCUGCUGAGGAAGCUGGGCCAGCAUGCCCACCCCUUUUUUUUCACAAUACCCCAGAAUCUGCCCUGCUCCGUCACCCUGCAGCCGGGCCCAGAGGACACAGGGAAGGCCUGUGGCGUAGACUUUGAGAUCCGAGCCUUCUGUGCCAAAUCACUAGAAGAGAAAAGCCAUAAAAGGAACUCUGUGCGGCUGGUGAUCCGAAAGGUGCAGUUUGCCCCAGAGAAACCCGGCCCCCAGCCUUCAGCUGAAACCACACGCCACUUCCUCAUGUCCGACCGGUCCCUGCACCUUGAGGCUUCCCUGGACAAGGAGCUGUACUACCACGGGGAGCCCCUCUGCGUCAAUGUUCACGUCACCAACAACUCCACCAAGACGAUCAGGAAGAUCAAAGUCUCUGUGAGACAGUAUGCCGACAUCUGCCUCUUCAGCACUGCCCAGUACAAGUGCCCCGUGGCUCAGAUCGAACAAGAUGACCAGGUAUCUCCCAGUUCUACAUUCUGCAAGGUGUACACCGUAACCCCGCUGCUCAGUGACAACCGGGAGAAGCGUGGCCUUGCCCUGGAUGGGAAGCUCAAGCACGAGGACACCAACCUGGCUUCCAGCACCAUCGUGAAAGAGGGUGCCAACAAGGAGGUGCUGGGGAUCCUGGUGUCGUACAGGGUCAAGGUGAAGCUGGUGGUGGCCCGCGGUGGGGAUGUCUCAGUGGAGCUGCCUUUUGUUCUUAUGCACCCCAAACCCCAUGACCACGUCACCCCCCCCAGACCUCAGACAGCUAUUCCUGAAACAGAUGCCCCUGUGGACACCAACCUCAUUGAAUUUGAUACCAACUAUGCCACAGAUGAUGACAUCGUAUUUGAGGACUUUGCCCGGCUUCGGCUGAAGGGGAUGAAGGAUGAGGACUACGACGACCAGUUCUGCUAGGAAGGGGGGCUGGAAGAAGGGAGUGGAUGGUGCUGGGAGAGGUAGGGGCAGGACCAAGAUCCCCACUGUCACUGGGGUGGGUCCCAGCCCCUUUUCCCUUCCCCUCCUUCCAGCAGCUUCCUCAACC